AAGAACCAUGGCGAGCAACGAGAUGGAGCUGGGAGCGGGACUGGAGCCAGUGCUCACACGGGAUACUGGGUACUGUGCAUGUGUGGUAGAUUCUUGUCCUGUGGGCGUGCCUGGCGCGCCUGCGGGCGCUGCGGUGGUCGGCACCUAUCAGCUGGUGGAUCCUGUGACUCAGCUCAAGAGCGGCGAUGUGCAAAUGCUGGUGGCGGGAGAGGACGCGACGGGCGAUACGGUGGCCAUUACCGCAGGCACCGCUCUUAGCUGCUCCGGAGGGACUUUUGAUGUGGCGUGGAAUCCGGGUGCCGAUGGUAUGCUCGCUGUCGCCGACUCGACCGGCCGCGUCGUCCUCGCCCAGGCCGUGUUUGCCGCUGAUGGCACGGCUACCAUGAGCGAGGUGAGUUACGGCGUUGUGGACGUCGGCGAAGAUGCGGAUGACGGCGCAAAGCCACCAUCGGCGUUGGCGGUGGCGUGGGACAACGACGGCGUAGAGCCUGGACAGGCCGAGAACCUCGCGGUAAGCUACUCGGACGGACGAAUGGCGGUGUGGAGCGUGGGCGAGGCGGCGCUCGAGUGCGGCCAGCCGUGGCAGGCGCACUCGCUCGAGGCAUGGCGGGUGGCGUUUAACCCGUUCAACAGGACGGUGGUGUAUUCAGGUGGCGACGAUGCGCUGUUCAAGGCGUGGGAUACGCGGAUGGGCGGUUACGCGGUGGGCGCUACCAAGGUCCAUGGUGCCGGCGUCACCUCCAUCCGGCCAUCGCUCACCUCGGAGUACAUGUUAGCGACUGGAAGCUACGACGAGAACCUGCGGAUGUUUGACACCCGCAAGCUCAAGGUACCUGUGAGCGAGAUCGCGCUUGGCGGCGGGGUGUGGAUGCUCCGAUGGCACCCCACCAAUCCGUCACUGAUGGCUGCAGCAUGUAUGUACGGCGGCUUUGCGGUAAUCCACUCUGGCGAUGAGUUUACCACACUGACGGCGGCGACGCUUUCCACAUCACCGGCACCCGGCGAUGAUGCCGACCCGCUGGCGUACGGCAUCGACUGGGUGGGUGACGGUCGGCUGAUGGCGUGCUCGUUCUACGAUGCACGGGCGUACGUCUAUGACGGCCCGUGGGCAUCGCUGUGAGUCCCGUGAGAGGCGUUGUCGUCGCGAAUUGUUGUCGAGAGCAUGUCGAUGAGCCUGCAGCGCUCGAUGAUGAGGUCGAGAUCAAAGCAUGUUGCCGACGGCAGAUCGGUCGACUUGAUGGCAGCAUACAGAUCCGGGCGUGCCUCCGGGAGGGCAGCAAAGCCAGCAAUAGUGUACGUGGGAGUGGUGUAGUAGCCACGACUCGAAUCAUUGCUCUCAACAAACGCCGCAGGCGCAGGGCUUGCUGCCGUCUCCACAUCGCCGUCCAGCGCGCGGAC